AUUGACGCACGGUAGGUAAGGGUUUUCCCUUACUUUUCGAUUUUUGACAAGAGUUUCGACUUGUCACCGGGCGUGCUAAUCAAGAUUCCCCACUACUGUUCCCGGAAAAUGAAGCGGGGCGUAACAAUAGGAAAGUUCGAGAGCCUGAGCUGAGGGUUAUAAAAGAGCGAGCACGAAAAACAUCGAGGCUUUUUCCCUUCUGGAAGCCAGUGGCCUUUUGCCUUUUGUGAAUCAGUGACCUUGUUGAGAUUAGAUAAGUCAAGAGAGUGCAGUUUUGAACGCCGACGAUAGAAAGCAACUACUGAGGAGUUUAUUACGGUAUUUGGAAUUGGACAAGCCCUGACCGGAAGCUAACAUAGUGGUUUGAGACGACAAGACGUCAAGCGGCGGAGCCAGCCAAGUUGGACCGGAGUAUCAGUCGUCGUUGGAUAAAACAAUAAUUGAGUCUCUAGAUUGAAAAGAGACAUCAGAUAAGAAUGACUUAUUCAAACAUGGCAAACACACAGUUAGAUGGACGUAGAAUGUCUGCAGGCCAUGUGCAAGGCCGGAUUAAUUCCAUGGCUAACCCGGGCUCGACAGACAUAUUUCUAUCAAUACCAACGUUGUCAACAGCUACAACUACGACUUCAACAGUCACAACUACGAUGAGUAGCAGAGUCUCCGAUAACUCAACAGUUCAGCGUUCCUCACAGGCCAACAAUGAGUUACUCCAACAGAGUACUCCGGCUGGAGGCGCUUUCCAAAACAGGAACCAAUACUUUGCACCACCAGGGGACCGUCGUUCAGAGGAAAUUAAUUUACCCCCUGAGAUGCAAAGAACUUUUAACCGUUUAGACCAAGCGACAGAAACAGUACGUCGAAUGAGUACUGAACAGAGGACUAUAAAUCAAGAAAAUUCUCUAGCCAUUACUCGUCUGUCGCAGAUAUUGGAGGAUGUGGUUCAUUCUCAACGUGAUUUGAUGAACAGAAUUGGCAGCCGUGACAAUUCCGUAUGGUCAAAUUCUCCAGUUGAUUUCAACAUUACUGACUGUCAACUACGGGGUACAACCCUAGCCCCUCCGGGUCAAGGUUUGGCAGGGGGGGAUGGAACAGCUCAUCCGUCGGGUCCGAGAAAUCAACCGGAGAAUAACAGAGACAGGACUGAGGCUGAGCAAAAUAUUCCUCUAUCCAGAAAGGAUCAAUUUCCUCAAUCACCGACUGAAUCAGCUUCACCUUUCCCAGAAUCAACAACAGACAGGUGCACGAGGUGACUCUUCGUUUCAUAACCGAGAUAGUUUUGGACGAAGGUCAGGCCACGACUCCCAAGGCCAAUACACAGGGCCGGGGAUGGCUCUACCUCCGUUCCAAAGUCCAUACCAAAAUUUGAACAGAGGCACCAGGUACUUUAUGCACGAAAGAAGGCGCAAAGAUAUUUUAUCAAGUCUGAAGCUUGGUAACCUGAUCUUUCCACAAGAUAGAAUGUCUGUCGAAGAAUUUCUGCAUGCGGUCGAGAGCAGAGCACACCGUGAAGGCUGGACAGAAGACGAAGUCCUGGGUUCCAUGGGGUACAUACUCCGAGGAACACCAGCACGCUGGUUUGAUAACAACUACCAGCGCUGGGGUUCUUAUACUCAAUUCAAGAUGGAAUUCCGCAAGGCUUUUGGUAGUGCAAUGACAGAUUACCAAAUAAUUCACGAUAUUGGUAAACUGAGGAUGAAACCCGGGGAAAAUUUCACGGAGUUUGUGUUAAAGGUUCAGCAAAAAUAUUUGACCAUGAUGAGUCCUCCAUCCAUAGAGGAUCAAGUGACAAAUAUUAGAAACUAUCUAACUGAUGAACUGCGAACUCUGGUUUUCUCUAGGCCGGUAUACUCAUACGAAGACCUUUUGAACGCUCUGCAUGAAGCCUCGAGGUGCAUCGAAGAAGCUGGACAGUCUUGUCAGACUCAAGAAACAGUAAAGCCCCAGGAGAAGACAAAGGUUGGGGUGAUUGGGCCUACAGUCGAAAAAGGGAGCUGCCAGGAAGAAGAGUUGGAACUAUCAGGCUACAGAACUCCAACCACAUCGUACGAUAAUAAGUAUGGGGUUCAGGUGAGAACAAACCAGAACCAUUAUCGGCAGCCUCAUAGAUUUCAGACUCCAAGAAUUCCCAGGCCGUGUUACAACUGUGGUGUUCCUGGACACUCCUUUGUGGGUUGCGAAAACCCUAGACAAGAUGUCUGUAACAAUUGUCUCAAAAGUGGUCACACUCGACAAAACUGUCCGCUGUUGACAAUCGAUAACCGUAGGAAAAGCUCUUUGGAUAGUGUAAACUCUAGUGAGCAGUGUAAUGAUCCCAGAACUGAAAAUGAACGGAAAACCCACUUACACCUGUCCCUAGUUCCCCGUCGGUUCAGUUCGUUCAAGGAGCAGCAAUGGGGUCUAGUGAGGGUUCGAUAAAUGUUGAGACAUCUGGCUGCUCAGAGCUAAGACAGGCUUUUAAGCUACCUUGCUCUGAUUCAGGCCCAUCAACAUCAUCUGCGGCAUAGUCUAUGGACACAGUUAACUUCAAUCAACGCAUCUCUUUGGCCAGAAGAUCAACCAGCAAUUAUAAAACAGGGCAGUAGGCUAUUUGAUGAUCCUAGUUGUACUAUAAUUA